CAUAACCGUCUCUCCUUCCUUCCUUCCUGACUGAGUUCCCAUCUCCUCAACCAACUCCUAGAAAAUCAAAUAUGUACUCUUCUUCUCAGAAUGCUACCAUGACCUCAAAAUCAAAUUCCAGCUUUGAUGAACUUCGUUGGGUGAUUCAAAUCCGUCAAACAGUUGAUGAAGAACUCGAAGACGAUACCGGAGUUCCAGUCUCCAUCUUCAAUGUCCCCAAAACUCUAUCAGCUAGCAAGCCACAUUGUUACAUUCCUCAAGAAGUUGCAAUAGGUCCAUUCCAUUACUGGAGGCCAGAGCUCUAUGAGAUGGAGAGGUACAAGAUUGCUGCUGCCAAAAAGACUCAAAAACAACUCAAAACCCUCAAAUUUGAGAACCUUGUUGAUCAAUUGAUGAAACAUGAGCAAAGGAUCCGUGCUUGUUUCCACAGAUAUCUUGAUUUCAAUGGUGAAACCCUAGCUUGGAUGGUUGCAGUUGAUGCUUGCUUCUUACUUGAAUUUCUCUAUGUUUAUGCCAUCAAAGAAGGCAAAGUCCUUAAACCAACAAUCCUGUCAACCAUGUUGCAUUUGGUGGACUAUGCAGGAACAAAAUCUGCUCAUAAUGCUCUCCUUAGAGAUAUAGCAAUGCUUGAAAAUCAAAUUCCAUUGUUCAUCUUGAGGAAGAUCUUGGAAGUUCAGAAUUCGUCGUUGGAUGCCGCCGACGAUUUACUUCAUUCCAUGUUAUUAGGUUUAUGCAAAGAGCUUUCACCAUUCAAGAUGAUUGAGAGCUUCCCAAGCAUCCAAGUCAGUGAUUGUGCACACUUGUUAGAUUGUUUAUAUCAAAUAGUUGUGCCCAAAUCCAAACAACAACAAUUUGAAAUCACUGAAGCUUGUGAAGACCAAAUUGAUCAAAAUGAUCCAACAAAAGAAGGAGACAAGAAGGAAGAAAAAUUGAAGGAUUCAAGUGAUGUGAAGAACCUCUUCAAUGAGUUAUGGAAGCUGCUAUCCAAAUUACAUGGUGCCCCGGUACGUUUCAUUAAAAGUAUAUUAUUUUCAAGGCCUGUGAAAUUAUUGUUCAAAUUACCUUGGACAAUUAUCACUCGUUUCCCUUUGUUUUCAAUCUUAAAAAAACCUAUGGAGUAUCUUUUCUUCAAUGAAGAUAAAGAAGACAUCAAACCCGAAAACGGAACUUCGAAUUCGGUGGAUGAUAACAAGCCUCCUUUGUUAGAAGAGAUCACUAUCCCUUCAGUAAGUGAGCUUUAUGAAUCAGGUAUCAGAUUUGUAGCCACUAAAGGGGAUAUCACUACUGUUAGCUUUGAUGCAAUAACAUUCACAUUUUACCUCCCAAGUGUUAGUUUAGAUGUAAACACUGAAGUGGUAUUAAGAAAUUUGGUUGCAUAUGAAGCAUCAGAUGCAUCAGGGCCAUUGAUUUUUACGCGUUAUGUCGAAUUAAUGAAUGGGAUUAUUGAUACUGAAGAGGAUGUCAAACUGCUUAGAGAGAAAGGAAUUGUGUUGAACCAUUUGAAGAGUGAUAAAGAGGUGGCUGAUCUGUGGAAUGGGAUGAGUAUGUCAGUGAGAUUAACCAAAGUACCCUUGUUGGAUAAGGUGAUUGAAGAUGUGAACAAGUACUAUAGUGGUACAUGGAAGGUUAAGGCUAAGAAAAUUUUGAAGAGUUAUGUGUUUGGUUCAUGGAAAUUCCUGUCAUUCUUAGCAGCAAUUCUGUUCUUGUUUCUGAUGAUUGUGCAAUCUUUCUGCUCAGUAUAUAGCUGUGCUCAUGUUUUGCAUAUCAAGACAACAAGUGGAUGAAACAUGAUAGUCUCAGACUCACGAGGAGACACUGGCCUUCUAAGCCCAACAAAUUCCUUACAUUCUGUGUGAAAGAUUCAAUAGAACAGUCAAUUUCUAAAGCUUUUGCUUGAAUUUUUUUUUUUUCAGUGGAUGAAUUAGAAGGGAAAAAGAGAGUGAUUUGUUCUUGUAUCUUGUUAAUUAAUUUCAUUUGUGAAUUGAGAAGAGAUUGUAAUGAUGAGAGUGGUUACUGUAUUAGUGGGUUGUGAUAAUUGAUGCUUAA